AAGCGACAAAUAUAUCGUGAACAAGUCUUACCGCAUGCGGGUGGCAAAAUUCCCGACACAGCUUUCGAAACCGAUCGGCUCUUUUUGAAUCGACUGCAAUCUAACGGUAUCUCUGUACCAGAUGGAGUGCUCACUGAACAGCGAAAUCCACAAGUCUAUCACUAUCACGAUAAAAGUCACAGAGUGCUCUUCCAAAUAGCGCUCAGCUCGGAUGGUCGUUACACGCCCGUCGCAGGCAAAUACCAUCACCAGAAUGCACCAUCGAUUGAGACUACUUACCUCUAUCCACAAAUACACGGACACUUAACCGAUGCAACCCCCGCAAAGAGCGCCUAUCCGACAUACAGACAACUGCAGUUACACAACUCACAACUCAAUCAAGUGAAACUGCAGCCAAAGAAGAAGA